AUGGCAGUGAUACCAAGGUCGUCGUACUAUGACAAGAAUUACAAGCAAUCCGCGGCUCUGCUCCGAGCCAGACGACCUUACCUCGUCAAAAACAGCUUGACAGGGCUAGGACUGCUCGCAUUCUGUAUGGGCGUCUAUACGUUUACUAUUAAAGCUGUGUCCCAAGACGAAUUCGAAGAUGUAAAGGUCCCAGAAGCUGUUCAACAAUCGCCACAAGCCGGAGCGAGCACAAGAACAAACGGCCCAGUUGUACGAUAA